CUGCGACGACUGCGAUCAACUGCGAUGGCGGCGUCGCGACAAUCGACAACUUCCGCUGGUGUGAGUUUAGUGAGCAUUAGUGAGUUUCGGUGAGUUUGGAGUUGGUUCGAUUCGAGAAGAAUGUCCGAUGAGAAUGUCAGCGACCAGUAUCCAACAUGGGUCGGACUCGUGUACAUCUUCAAUCUCAUCGUUGGAACUGGUGCUUUGACUUUACCAGCCGUAUUUAGCCGAGCAGGAUGGGCACUUGGAUUAAGCGUCAUUUUAGUGUUAGCGUUCAUCAGUUUUAUCACGGUUACAUUUGUCAUAGAAGCAAUGGCAUCUGCCAAUGCUAUCGUUACGUGGAGGCAUAUCCAGCAUCGAAAACGCGUUUCCCAGACAAUAGGUGAAUCUGGCCCUUCCAAUUCAGAUUCGGAGGACACUCCGCUGGUAACAGCUCCUCUUUCAACCAGUCCAGAUCAUUCGGAUAUGACCUGUAGAUAUUACGUGAUUCACGAUAAAAUUGAGAUGGGACAAAUGGCAUCCAUUUUUUUCAAUAGAUUUGGCACUACUCUCUUCUAUUUAUGUUUCGCCAUAUAUCUAUACGGAGAUUUAAGUAUUUAUGGUGCAGCAGUCGCAAAGUCAUUGGUAGAUGUCGCCUGCACUUAUUUGCCAACAAAUUUUACAUGCAACGAUACUAUACCGGAUACCGAAGUUUGCUGGGAAGGUUCCAUGCUUAAUCGACUGGAUACAUAUAGAAUAUUUCUGACUAUCUUUGUAUUGCAAUUGGGUCCGUUUGUAUUUUUCAAUGUUCAAAAGACCAAGUAUCUUCAAGUACUGACUUCUGUAAUGCGAUGGCUCGCGUUCACUCUAAUGAUCGUAUACGCUUUAAAAAAUCUCGUUGUACACGGUCCUCGUGGCGAUCCACCUAUUGUGAAUUUAGCUGGAGUUCCCAGUCUUUUCGGUGCUUGUGUUUACUCCUUCAUGUGUCAUCACUCGUUACCAGCCCUGGUUGCACCAAUCGCGAACAAGUCUAAACUAAAUCGAUUUCUAGCUCUUGAUUACACCCUAAUCGCCCUCUUUUAUUUACUAUUGGCUCUAACUGGCAUCUUCGCCUUUGAGCGCUUGGAUGAUCUUUAUACUUUGGACUUUGGCCCACGUGGUUUGGGCGAUUGUUCCAAGAGCGACAAUAUUUUUAUGCUUCUUAUGGAGUAUUUCUUAGCCCUCUUUCCAGUGUUCACUUUGAGUACCAGUUUUCCCAUUAUAGCAAUUACCCUCCGAAAUAAUUUACAAUCCCUCUUUUUAAAAGAGGAUACAUCUUACAAUUUAUGUCUUCGGAAACUAGUCUUCCCCGUCUUAGCGGUGAUACCACCGUACCUGAUCGCGAUGAUUACCAAAGAUCUGUCGAUAUUAGUCGGUAUCACAGGUUCGUAUGCUGGAGCAGGAAUACAAUAUUUAAUACCUACCUUUUUGGUUUAUUGUGCCAGACAGAAGACUAACAAGGUCAUCGGUCUCGGGGUCAUUAACAAAUUUGCAAGUCCUUUUUCGGGCAGAUGUUGGUUAGUUUUUGUCGUAGGAUGGGCUAUUACUUGUAUGAUUUUAGUAUCGGUCAAUUUUAUACAAAUACAUUUGCAAUCUUGGAUCAGUCAAUAACAAAACGAUCAUUUUUACAUGUUAAUCAAAAGAGGAGAAUACUUGAUUUUUGUGAUAUAGAUUCUAUCGUGAGAUAUCUGCAGGAUAUUUUACGAAAGUUGACCAUGUAUCUCAAUUGAAUCUCCAUAUUAAGAUUUAUCAACGGCAAAAAUAUGGAUAUCGUAUACACAUACGCAUAGAAUUAUCAAAGCGAGAAUCGAUGAUAUAUUGGUAUAGGUGUCGAGUAUGUGGACCGAAUGACGAUGACUGAAGCGGAGAUUGUUACAAUAGUAUGAGUAAUUGAAUUGCAAACUAUGAAAUUUUUUAAUAUGAGAUAUCCAUGUGCUAAAUAAGGCGGUAGUUAUUUGUUGCAGGAUAUGCUUUACAUGUACGUACGACAAACAGACAAUACUUUGGCACAAGUCGACACGUGUACAGGUCAAGUAUAAGUUUAGUACAGGGGAUAUAGCAAUGCGGAAGUCUGUAGAAAAAAAAUAUGUUCAUUUUUAUACGUAUAUUUUACUUUUGUAAAGUUGUCCCGGGACAGAGAUAUGCGUGAUUUCUUUAUUAUACGGAGAUUUCUCUAAUGGAGAAUCUUCGUCAUUGUAUUUAUAUUUUUUUAAUAAGCUAAAAUAAUUCACGUUUGUCCAUUAUAAUAAAAUAAUGUUAGCGUACGUGAUAGUAACGGCAAUAGCAAAAGUAUGAUAUUACGAUGUUUUUUUUUUUGAGAUUGUAUUUUUGUACAAGAUACGUAUGAAACUGCCAAAAAGGUGUUUGCAGCAUGUCCAUCACAUCUGUGUACCUGUGUAAGUGUAGCGUAUAAUAAAUAUUGCGGGUGUGUGUUUACGCACAUACAUAUGCACGUAUGUAUAUAUAUCUACAUAUAUAUAUUUUUUUGUCCAAAAGCAAUUUAAACGAAUAAUAAUAAAUAGUUGAUUAUACAAA